AUGAAGCCGAGACAUUCUCAGACGAACAAAGCGGCUAUCCAGGUCAUCUGUCUUGUAAGCCCUCCCUCUUCCCCACGCGACAGAGGAGGACCCAGCGAAGACAAUGUGACGGGUCUCUUGGUGCGCUCGACGGCUACCGAAUGGGCUCGCGGCUCGCUGCUGGCAGUCGAUGCCGGCUCACAUCUCGCCGCCAUAACCCGCAUCUUCGAGAAGAACCUGCCCAAUCAAGCACCUGCGCCGGAACUGCCUCCUCAAGAAAUGGAGACGGAUGGCAUCUCGUCUCCCACCUCGUCCCCACCAACCAGAAAUCCUAUACAGCCGAAGACGCUCCCAGAACCCAUCGUUCUCGACAACAGUCCUUUCGCCGGCCUGUCUCUUCCUCAUGCCUCGGCUCGCGCCAACGCAGCUCAUGUCGUGCGCACAUAUGUUUCGACCUAUCUGAUCACACACCCCCACCUAGAUCACCUCUCGGGUUUCGCCAUCAAUACUGCUGCUUUCCAUGCCACAUCGCGACCAAAAAGGUUGGCGGCUCUACCGUUCACCGUCGAAGCUAUCAAGAGGCAUAUAUUCAACGAUGUCAUAUGGCCGAACCUUACAGACGAAGAUGGAGGUGUCGGCUUCGUCAGCUUCCAGCGGUUAAGAGAAGGUGGCGAUAUUAUGGUUGGCACGGGAGAAGGUAGGGGCUAUAUCGAGGUGUGUGACGGUCUUGGAGUCAAAGGCUUCAAAGUGAGCCACGGCAACUGCAUGAAGGAACCCCUACCCUCUCGCUCUCAGCGUGGGUCACUAGGCAGCAUCUCGGAGCCAGAUUACUCUGCUUUGAAGGCAUCAGAUUAUCGGAAUCUGUCCAUGCCACAUGUCUUCGGAACGCCAGGGGAACAAACUCCAGGCCAUAACUAUUACUCUCNNCCUGGCCCGCAAGGGAGGAGUUUCACUAGUGACCCCACACCGCAACACUCGGUCGUCGACAGCACAGCCUUCUUCAUCCGAGACUACGACUCGUCCAAGGAAGUGUUGAUCUUCGGCGAUGUCGAGCCAGAUAGCAUCUCGCGUGUUCCACGCUUGGCUAAUAUAUGGGCAGAGGCAGCACCGAAAAUAGCCGAGGGGUUACUCUCAGGCAUCUUUAUCGAAUGCUCUUACGACGAUAGUCAACCAGAUGCUGUGCUAUUUGGACACCUUGCACCGCGGCAUGUGGUUGCUGAGUUGAAAACGCUUGCACAAUUGGUCAAGGACGAAAAGGCCGCCAGAGCCUUGGAUAGAGCCCAACGCAAACGCAAACGAAGCUCGAAUGGGCUGAACAUAACGAUGGAUGACAUAGCCGAUAAUAAAAGACGGAACAAGAGUGUGAUAGGAAGGUCAUCCAGUGAGCGCAUAUUGAUGCAGCUCAAUGAGCACGCUGAUGCUCUCGACCUCGAGGGAUUUGGACUCAGCAAAUCUGGAGCAAGCGGACCUCUCUCUUCUUCCAACCCACAUCAAUUGCACAUCAAAAUGUCUGGCCAAUACGAGAUCCUUUGCCUUGAGAACCCUCUCCUGGAUAUCCAGGCCGUUGGCGACGAGAAGCUAUUGCAGAAGUAUGGACUCAAGUCCAACGAUGCCAUCCUGGCUGAAGAGAAGCACAUGGGCCUCUACGAGGACCUCUUCCAGAACUACAAGGUCGACCUGAACGCUGGUGGCGCCGCCCAGAACACCGCCAGAGGUGCCCAGUACGUCCUUCCUGCCGACUCUGUCGUCUUUGUUGGAUGCGUUGGCAAGGACAAGUAUGCCGAGAAGCUGGUCGAGGCCAACAAGAAGGUCGGCCUCCGUGCCGUCUACCGCUAUGACGACGAGCAGCCCACCGGUCGCUGCGGUGUUAUUAUCACCGGUCACGACCGUAGCAUGUGCACCGAUCUUGCCGCUGCCAACUGCUACAAGGUCGAGCACUUGAAGGAGAACUGGGAUCUCGUCAAGCAGGCAAAGAUCUACUUCGUCGGUGGUUACCACUUGACCGUCUCGGUCCCCGCCAUCAUGGCUCUCGCAGAGGAGGCCGCUGCUGAGAACAAGAUUUUCAUGCUCUCACUGUCCGCUCCUUUCAUUCCCCAGUUCUUCAAGGACCAGCUCGACCAGACCUCCCCUUACUGGGACUACGUUGUUGGCAACGAGACCGAGGCUCGCUCCUUCGCUGCCUCUCACGAUCUCAACACCGAGGACAUCCCUACCAUCGCCAAGCACAUGGCCAACCUUCCUAAGAAGAACACCCAGCGCAAGCGUACCGUUAUCAUCACCCAGGGCACCGAGCCCACCGUCAUUGCCAUCCAAGGCGAGGACGACGUCAAGACUUUCCCUGUCCACGUUAUCAGCAAGGACGAGAUUGCCGACACCACUGGUGCUGGUGACGCUUUCGCUGGUGGUUUCCUUGCCGGUAUGGCCAAGGGCGAGAGCAUUGACAAGUGUGUCGACAUGGGCUCUUGGUUGGCCAAGUUGAGCAUUAAGGAGUUGGGCCCCGCUUACCCCUUCCCCAAGCAGACCUACAGCGCAUGA